UCCUGAGCUUCCGCUUCGCUCCCCCCCUAAGUCCUCAGCAACCCCUAAACAAUUGUUAUUUAAAAAAUAAAGGUAACACCUGCACCUCCAAGUGAUUAUCAAAUGAAACAAUUAAAUCAGCUGAGGAGCUGUCGUUUGACGGAUAGAUUAAAAAAAAAUUGAACUGCAAGACAAUUUAUUGAAUUAAUUAUUCUUAUUGACAAUUGAACAAAUUAAUUGCUCAAAUUAUACAUUGUUAUUGUCAUUAUUAUUGUAUUUAAUGCAAUAGUUAGUUUGAAUUAUGAGUGAUCGGUGGAGGUUGUGGAUCAGGUGAUAAUUCUUCAUGGAUUUUUAAUUAGUUUUCGGUGUUCUUCAGUGUCAUACAGCCAGGAAUAUCGUAAAAUUUAUGUGAUAACUAUGUGUUGAUGUGCAGUGAGAAUAGUUGGAUCAGAAUUAUUUUUAUUUGCGGAGGUGUAUCUGAAAAUGGCAAGUGAGGUCAUGCUUGCACCGAGGACGACGCCAAAGCCGUCAUGUCCUGGGGACAUUGAUGAUGUCGUUGAUAUAUUCAGGAAUGCUUCCGUGUCCACCAUUUAUGCCAAACAACGUGCCUCCAUGAAAUGGCUUUUAUCCAAGGCGUACAACAAUCGAGUCCCGGAGAACCUCCGGGAGCCUUAUUACCGUGAUCUUGAGGAUCAGGAGCACUUGAAGCCCCAGAUAGUCCAUUCUCUGUCAAAUGCCGAGCUCUACUGUCUGGCACUUGCAAACAUCUACUCCGAUCCUAAUUAUCACAAUCAGAAUCACCUGGGUAUCCUUCAAGCUCUUGCUCGCAAGGGUGUUUUUGUUAAUGAGCCAAGCAAUACACCCCUCACCGAGACAAUUCUCAUCCAAAAUUCACCCCUCAAAAUGUCUGCACAUAUGGCUGUGAUAGAGGGCCUGAUGAUACUGUAUGCCAAGGAAGUUGUGACUGGUGAUCGUGUAGCUGCAGCUAUUCGGAGGUUUGAUCCUCAGGCUCUGGUGGAUGUGCCUCAGGAUCAUGAGAAGGGUCUUCUCUUGUGGAUAAGUCAUGCAUCGCAUGCACUCAUUACUAAAAUUCAGGGUGAGGAGGGCCAGGAUAAGACAAAAUUACCUGAAUUACCACCAGCCAAGGAUUUUCAGUCAUUGUGCGAUGGUGUUGGUCUAGCUGCUGUUGUAGCAUUCUACUGCCCUGGGGAGCUCAAUUGGAUGGACAUCAGGGUAUCCAAGAGACCCUCUGUUGCUGAUGCACUUUACAAUUUGUCGUUGGUUCACGCCUUCUGCAUCAGGUGUCUACCUUACUCCAUUUUUCACAUGCAACCAGAGGAUGUCACGUACAUGAGAGGGUCGAUGAAACAAAAUCUUGUUGUAUUUCUCGCUGACAUGUACAAUGUCCUGGAGAUUCAUCCGGUUAAGUGUGUACGUUAUCCUGGGGAGGAAAGGGCAAGCCAGUAUCUCGAUGCGUGCCCACGUAAUAGUCAUGGGGUAGCACAUAAAAGAAGUCUACCUCAGUCAAUAGCACCAAUACCUGAUCUGAGAAGCAACCUCUCCAUUUCCGCUCCAGGCUUCACAGUUGCGAAACCCACGACCAUGAGUUUUGUGAAAAAGUCACAGUCACUGCAGCAGACUGCUGAGGCUCAUUCUUACGAUGACAGAAGAGGAACGUCGGAGGAGAGUUUUGUGGUGCACCGAAACAGGGGAAUACCAACACUCAGUUCUGUUGGUGAUGAGAGGAUGGUGAAGGCAGAGGCUGCUGGACGGCCUAGUAAUUGGGAGGAUCAGAGAAGAAGUUCGUAUGCUGGGAGAAGAUCUAGGCGUAAUUCAGUCACUGAUGACUCUCAACUGACAAUUGAAAAUUUCGGUGGAUCUCAGGACAAUUUGCACAAUUUUGGAUGUGUGAGAAAUCCCGACAAGGAGAUGGUGCACACUGGAAAGCGUACAGCACCAGAGCCAAAUCUCCCAGUGCGUUCUAGUGUUCAGGAUGUUUAUGGAAGUGAUGUCCAGCACAUUUUAGCUGACAAUGGGUACAGCAAUGACGAGCCAACCCCUCGCCUCAGGCGACAAGCCUCAAAUACCAGUCUCAAUAAUGUCGCCAUCAAGAACCUUCUACAUUCCAGUGAUAACGAUAAAAUUGACGUUGAAUCAACGAAAAUGGCGAGUUUUGCCAAUUUGAGUAGACAGAGCUCGGAGAAGGGAAUUAAUUUUAAUUAUGGUGAGCAUGAGCGUGAUGAGUCUGGGGUGAGGGGUAAUUUUGGGGGUAAGAAGCAUGGACAGAGUAAUGGCAAUGGAAUUGCUGAGAAGAAAACCACUUUUGCUACUUUACCAAAUACAACAACGUGGCAGCAGCAGAGCAGUCUGCAGAGUCAACAGACUGAGCCACAUUCUAGUGAUGGAGAUGGAAGUAAUAUUGUAAUAGCAGCCCAAUUGAAUAAUAUUCGAAUGCAAUUGGAGGAAAAACGUCGACAGAUAGAGACAGAAAAGAGAAGGAUGGAGGCGAAGGCAUCGAAACAGAGGGAACAAGUGGGAAAAGCUGCUUUUCUGCAAACAGUAACCAAGGGUAAGGUUAAAUCACCCUCGUCAUCGGCAUCAGGGGGUGACAGUCCCGUGGAGCAUGCUCCCCCCACUCCAAUGACCUCAGGGUCCUCUGGUGAUACAACAGGGUGUAACGAGUCAUCUCCUCAUCAAAAUAUACAAGAUAAACCCCAGCGUCCUUUCACACUCAAGGAAAUAAGGGAAGACGUCAGAGAUGUUGAGCACAAGUGGCUGGAGCAUGAUGGCAGUACUGUGCCCUUCAUCGAGACACGUCGUACCCCUGACCUUGAGAACAUGGAUCUCGAGCAGUACCACCAGUCCAUCACUCAAAUGAACAGCAGUCUCAGUGAAAUUCACGCAGACAUUCAGAGACUAGCGAAUCAACAGACUCAAAUACAGCAACAGCAUUUCAUAAAUCAGCAGCAGCAGCAGAUGCAACAGCAAUUUCAACAAUUACAGAGUUAUAAUCAGCAACACAUGACAAGUUACGGAAUGCCUCCGAUAAAUCCCAUGACUCCUAGGAUCCAGGAUCCUCAGCAGGGGCAAUUUUAUCUGCAUGAUCAGCCCCAGAUGCAGAGAAGAACGUGGGCAAGGCCACAGCAGAAUUUAUCUAAUGAAAUGGCAGCUGUGAGUUAUCAGCAGCCAAUGGACCCCAGGUACAGCCCUCAACCACCUGUUUAUCAGCAGGAUCCAAGAUUGUACCAUGACACGAGGACCUGGGGUGCACCUCCACCACAGCAGAAGGGCUUUGUACUCCAUGACACAUCCCAGGAGCAGAGGUAUCUCAAUGGUGGCGAUCACAGUAUCAUCAACAGCCAAAUUCAUCAUUCACCGGCUAAUUAUCCUCAAUCAUCGAAUUUGUUUACACAAACACCACCUGCGUCUGCUAGUCCUCAGCAUCGAAAUGCUGUACAUCGGAUAAGUCAACUGAUGGGGGAGAGUCCUGAGCCGAAGAAACCGACGGUGCACCACAUCCCAAUCACCUGUGAAAGUCCAACUGACAAGCGUCACAACAAUGCCCAAUUGCACACACCAGUUCCUGCCCCACCGGUUGACGACAUGGAGCCACAAAAUAUAUCAUUCAUCGGCAAUGACGAUGAUCUCGCACAACGAAUUCCCCGGCUGCAUAUCACAUCGGGCAGUCGAACCUACAGAAUAUCAUCACCCACGAAGACGACGCCUUCUCGUAAUUCGUUUCAGCCUCACAGUUCGCUGCGCGAGGCCUCGCCAUCGCCGUCGGCGACCCCCGAGAUCACUCCCCUGGAUUCUACGGAUGCUGGGGAGAAGGGUUUCUAUAUCUCGUUCGACAAUGAUGGACCGAAGAAGCCAAAACCAGCAUUGAGAGUCAAAAGAUCACCCAAAAAGGAAAGAACAGUUUCAUCGUUUAUCGAGCACGAGGACUUUUCAGCGCGUCCGGACUCCCCUCCAGCGAAUCCUAUAGAUCGUCAGAGGCACAUGGAGGCCCAGAGGGAUCUGGAACGAGAGCGUCAACGUCAAGCUGAGGAGCGUGAGCAGCAGCGCCAGGAAUUGAGGGACAGAGAGUUGCAGAGGGAAAUUGACAAAGAGAGACAACGAGAGGACAGACAGCGAACGGGUGAGACUCGUCCCACUGGAGUUGGCCUCGUAAUUGGAAAUGAACUGGCUAAUCCAGAUCCAAAUUCACUCGAUGAGAUGGAGAAGAAGAAGAAGCAGUUCAUGCUGGCGUCUCUCCAGAGGAGGCAGCAGCAGGGGGAGUUGAAGGAGAGGAAAGAGGCUGAGGCACUGGCCAAACGUGAGAGGGAGAAGAUGAAGGAGGAGGAGAGAGCCAGGAAGAAGGAGGACGAUAGACAGAGACGAGCUGCCAUCCUUGAGCAGUACAAGCUGAAAAAAUUGAAGGAAGAAGCUGAACGUGAGGGAAAGGUACUUGACAAGGAAGUUCUAAAUGCCAUAAAACAAACCCCAAAGUUACGUAGUAAGACUGCAACAUCGGCUAGACCUCGACCGAAAACAAUAGCCGUUGAUCACUCGGAAUUAGAUUCUGGAACACUGACGCCUAGUCGUGGGAAGAAAGGAUCUUCCUCAAAUCUCAGUACAGCGACGCUGAUCUCACCAACAAUGAAGCGAGAUUACUUCAGAGGCUCGCAGGAUACACUCAUUGCUGCCCAUUAUGAUGACCGGCGCUCAGGGCCCUUUUAUAGGGGUGGCAGUCUCAAGGUAUCUUCCGUAGAUUCGCCAGACGAUGGUAGAGGUUGUUCACCGUGUCGCAGUACCAAUCAGCUGGGACGACGUGGAUCUUACAAGACAUCCAGAGAUACGCAGGAGCCUCAUCAACAGGUUAGAGGCAGGACAAAAUACCCGACUUACCAAAACUUUAAAGGAAGAAAAUCAAAUUCGUUGAUGAAUUUGUGUGAUACUGACAGUGGAUUGGGCCGUGCUACACCACCAAGGAGGGCACCCAGUCCUGGAAUGGGUGGAAGCACAAAACAUUUGAAUUCACCUUCUUCAGGGCCUGGAUCACUGCCACCAGGUCUCAUGUCUAAGCGAAAAUUCGAUGAUGGCAGUAGUGAUAUCAGUAGCACAGCUAGUUCCAUGAUGGAAUAUAAUGGACCUCGACUCUACAAACAACCAACCACUAAAUCGAAUCGAGGAAUAAUGCUGAAUGCAGUUGAGUACUGUGUAUUCCCAGGAACUGUCAAUCGAGACGCCAAAAGACGUGUUCUGGACGAAAUUGGAAGAUCAGAGAGCAAACACUUUCUCAUUCUCUUCAGGGAUGCUGGAUGCCAAUUUCGCGCUCUCUAUUCCUACUGUCCAGACACAGAGGAGGUCACUAAACUUUGUGGAACUGGGCCCAAACAAGUUCUCGAGAACAUGUUCGACAAAUUUUUCAAAUACAAUUCAGGGGGUAAAUGCUUUUCUCAAGUCCACACAAAGCAUCUGACAGUGACCAUAGAUGCCUUCACGAUACAUAACAGCCUCUGGCAAGGAAAAAAGAAUAAUCUACCAAACAAAAAGGACAUGGCUCUCGUCAUAUAGUUUUACCCUCUAUUUCCAAUCCAAAAGAUUAACAAAUUUCCUAUGUUGUUCAUGGUUAUCAUAUUUUAAUACAACAAUGUAAGCCCCAGUGUUUAAUUAUCGACAGUCUUUAUUGUUCAUCAGUCAAUUUUCAUUUAUUCACUUACGAUCGUCACAAAAUCCGAACAAAUUGCAACAUUUUUCUUUUUUUUAUUGAUUUUUUAUACUCAGGUGUCGAUCGAGUGAUUGAUGAAAUUGUUUUUCUUCAUUAAAGAGAUCAUUGAAAAAAUCCCAAA